AUGGCAGAAAAGGAAGGAGGUAUUGUGAAGAAAGGGCAUGAGGAAGGUCUUAAAAUGGCUGUUUCUCUGCUCCAAGAGUUUGAGCUUCCAGCAGGGCUUCUCCCUCUUGCUGAUGUGAUUGAAGUUGGGUUUGUGAAAGCCACAGGCUACAUGUGGAUCGUGCAGAAGAAGAAGGUGGAGCAUCAGUUCAAGUUAAUAAGCAAGCUUGUGAGCUAUGACAGUGAGAUCACAGGAAUCAUUUCAAAGAAGAAGAUCAAGAAGCUCAAGGGUGUGAAAGCUAAAGAGCUCAUGCUAUGGCCACCUGUGAGUGAGAUCAGUGUUGAUGACCCACCAACUGGGAAGAUUCAGUUCAAGAGUCUUGCUGGUAUCACCAAGACUUUCCCAGUUGAGGCCUUUGCUGCAGGACAGUAA